GCAUACGUGUGCCUUACACCACUCUCAUUCUUCGUCUAUAUCUCCAAUCUCUCAAUAAUCCAAAUAAACCUCUUUACAUGGAUUGGUCAGAGCUUCAAGAAGAAAGAGAGAAUUUAAAAUUAAUAGAAAAAUAUCAGUGCUUCAAAUGUAUCUUGCCAAUAGAUGGAGAUCAUGCGUCGCACAGCGGACUCAUCGACGCUAAGCUUUUUAAACAACUUUGUGAUGGGAUCUACAUAGACAAUGGAAACAAGAUGUAUUGGUUUGAUGAGAAGGCAAAGGGUAAUGCGUUCUUUAUACCUCCGAGAGGCCUCAAAAUAUCUUUCGAUCGUCAGAAGUUGAUCAGAUGGAAAGAUUCGGAGUUUAAUGGUAAGAAAACUGAAUUGGCUGCAUUUAGUGAAAUAACUUUUCUAGAAGCACGUGGAAAGAUCAAGCAACAUAUGCUAUCAUCUACCCUUACAUAUGACGUAUUGUUUGAACUUUUGUGCAAGCCUUAUGCCACUGGAUAUCAUGUACCUACUAACUUUGAAAUCACCUACCCAAAAGCAAUAACAGUUGUGAUCAAGGAAAACCUCGAAUCUAGACCACCCAAUGAAUGGUUUACGAUCAAAGUUGGGGAAAUCAAGGUCGACGAUAAACAUGAUUGUGACAGUGAUAAGGAGUACGAGUUUAGCAUGAAUAUCCACAGCGAGGAUCGGAAGUCGGAAUUGGUUUUUAAAGGCGUUCAAAUUCGACCAAAACAACCAAGUUAUGGAACCUCUAGUUUUAAAAUAUGAAGUUGAUCUUCAUCUAUCUCACUCGAACUACUUUGCUUGUAGUUUGAUUUAAAUAAACGAGAGAGUUACACUACUCACUAGUUUGUUUGUUUUCGAGUAUAAACAACAAUAACUAAAAGAUGGAAGAUAUAUAUUUUGCUUAAUAUA